UGCUUCUUAGUGAUAAGAGUAUAAAAGCCAGAGUUCCCCAAAUGGGGCCCUUGACAAGAAAUGCCACACUCUGACACCACACUGUUGUAUGUGGUUCUUUCACCCACCCUGCAAUUGUAAAGCCAGCACAAGGCAGACCAUGGACAGUGGUAAACAGGUGAAGGUGACGGUUGUUUUGAGUCUUCCCUUCAUUUUCCAGUUGUGCACAGGCAACAAUGUCACUGACUACUAUGACUCCAACAUCACUGUCGAUUACAACAUGUUCGAGAGUCUCUGUGAGAAGGCUGAGGUCCGGAGCUUCCGCGCUGCAUUCCUCCCAGCUAUGUACUCAUUCAUCUGCUUCAUUGGGCUCCUGGGGAAUGGGCUGGUGAUACUGACCUACAUCUACUUCAAGAGGCUCAAGACUAUGACCGACAUCUACCUGCUAAACCUGGCUUUAGCAGACAUCCUCUUCCUACUGACACUCCCCUUCUGGGCCACGAGUGCAGCCAAGUACUGGCUUUUUGGGGAGUUUGCCUGCAAAGCCGUCUACUGCAUCUGCAAGAUGAGCUUCUUCAGUGGGAUGCUGUUGCUCCUGGCCAUCAGCAUUGACAGGUACUUCUCCAUCGUCCAGGCCGCCUCCGCCCACCGUCUCCGCUCCCGCAUGAUCUUCAUAAGCAAGAUGACGUGCUUCUCCAUCUGGAUCCUGGCCUUUGUCCUCUCCAUCCCAGAACUGGUCCACAGUAGAGUGAACUCAUCCGAGACACCCCGCUGCUCCAUCAUUGCCACCACCGACUUGCACAAGUUCGACACCGGCAUCAAAGUGUCCCAGAUGGUCUUUGGCUUCCUAGUACCCCUGUUGGUCAUGUCCUUCUGCUACUUUGUCAUCGUCAAGACCUUGCUCCAGGCCCGUAACUUCGAAAAGAACAAGGCCAUCAAGGUCAUCAUCGCUGUGGUGAUAGUCUUCAUCGUCUUCCAGCUGCCUUACAAUGGCGUCAUGUUGGCCAAGACCAUCUCAGCUUUCAACAAUACUGACAGCCAGUGCGAGAAGAGUAAGCAGCUGGACGUGGCAGAUGACGUGACCUACACUCUGGCCUGCUUCCGCUGCUGCCUCAACCCCUUCCUCUAUGCCUUCAUUGGCGUCAAGUUCCGCAACGACCUCUUCAAGCUUCUCAAGGAGCUGGGUUGCCUGAGCCAGGAGCGGCUCUGGCAGCUGUCGUCCUGCAGGGAGAAUAGGCGGUUCUCCAUUGCUAUGGAGACAGAGACAACCACCACUUUCUCACCAUGAGGUGUGUUCUGUGCCUGCUUUGACUGGGCCAAGGUUGGUGUAUUCCUGCAUCUUGCAGCCAUCUUGAAUUACUGAUUUGAGCAGGUCCAACCUCACCUUAUCCAGAGAACUGUAUCCGUGCAGAACAAAAACUGUUAACUUCCCCACAUUUCAGGAAAUCCAGGUAGGUAUACAGUACUCCAUGUUGGAGAGACUCGGCUAAGGCUACAACAGAGUACUAAACUGGGGAGCAAUUAGACCUCAUGUUAAUUGUUCCAUUUCCCCUCAAAUCCAUUGGGCAUCAUUCCUCAUUGCUCCAAUAUAAAAACUUUUUUUUAUUUGUGUUACAGCUGAGCUCUCUGGAGCACCUCCUUGCUCUGAAUGCCACAUUUAACAAGACUGCAUUUUGCUCUUUCUUAUGCACACAAACUUUGUAGCAACGAGCAAGCUAGUAAGACAGAACGGGACCAAGCCGUGCCUUAAACUCCAAGCUCAGCACAAUACACGGUAUAAGCUAGCAUUGACUUCCGAUACUUGAUGAGGCUUCAGUUGCUUGAAUGAAUCAGUAUCUCUAGCAUAAAGAAAAGGAGUACUUGUGGCACCUUAGAGACUUUGAAUGCAUCCAAUGAAAUGAGCUGUAGCUCACGAAAGCUUAUGCUCAAAUAAAUUUGUUAGUCUCUAAGGUGCCACAAGUAUGCCUUUUCUUUUUGCAAAUACAGACUAACACGGCUGCUACUCUGAAACCUAUCUCUAGCAUGCAACUCCCAGUUCUCUUCUCCCCACUCCAAAAGUCAGAUUUGCAUAAUUAACCCUAAAACUACAGAUUUUUAAAAUGCAUAAGUUUGAGAACAGUCAAUGUUAAUGCAAAAAUCUCGAAAGUUUGCAGGGGGGAAAAAAUGGCUUUCAAUUCACUUUGCUUGUGCUGAGAUUUUGGGUUUCACUUGUAAAGUUCCAGAUGGUUUAGGGCUUGUGCGUCAUUGGAGGCAGCCUCUUCGCUAUGGCAGUGAAUUAAGCUAAACUGCACCGCGGCCACUUCAGUACUGAAUGAGAGGGUUUGUCUACAAGGGGACACUCCAGAUAAAUAAUCCAAAUUAACUAACGGUGUGAAUUUAAAGUGGUUUAGUUAAACCACAUUAAACCCCUAUGUGGACACUUCCGAAUUGAAAUAGCCUUAAUUUGAUUUAAUUCGUUAAUGCACUUUAACUAAUGUGCUUCAAAUUCACACCUUUAGUUAAUUUGGAUUUACUUUCCUGAGCGUCCCUGCAUAGACAAGCCCUCGGUGUUUGUAAACUACCAGUUGAAAAUAUCUGGGGCUCUAUUGCAUGAUCCUGAAAAUGGGGCCAGAGUACUCUGGCCCCAAUCUAGCAUGAUACUUAAGAUUAUACUUAAUUUUAAACAGCCGGACAGUCCCCAGCCCCUGCCACCCCAAUGAAGUCAAAUGGGAUUACUCGCAUGCCUGACUUUAAGCAUAUGUGUAAUAAGCAAUUUGCUGGUCUGGGUGCCUAGCAGGAAUGAGUCCAGGGCCCCUAUAGCUAUAUAAUUAUAUAUUUCUCAGUGGAGGGUUCUCCUCUGAAUUUGUUUCUGCCUUAAUUUGACCACUCAUGUAUGCCAAUCUUUGGGAGUCUGUCAUAAGGCUGCUCAGGC